AUGAAAAUUGGGCCAUUUUCUCAACUAAUGGGAAUGAUGCCUAGUUUUAGUCAAGACUUUAUGUCGAAAGGUACAGAACAAGAGUCUAUGGCAAGACUAAAAAACGUAUAAUGACUAUUAUACGGACAGUAUGAAUGUUACAGAAUUGGACAACAGAGAUGGUGCAAAAUUAUUUAGUAAACAACCAGGCAGAAUUGUAAGGGUAGCAGAAGGUUCUGGAGCAACAGAAAAAGAAGUCAAAGAUGUAGUUACACGAUAUAGAAAAUUCGAGGCAGGAGAUAUGUCUAAAAAUGUGAAUUCAAUACAAAUGGCAAAGAUGAUGGAUCUCAGAGUUUUACAUCAAAUGGGUGGAUGA